AUGGCCGCAAAUAUCUCAAAAAAUAUGAAAGCUGUUGGUCUGUUUAAGUACUUGCCAAUUUCUGAUAUAAAUAGCUUUAUCGAUUUAGAGGUAAGUGUUCCAGUUCCAAAACAAAGUGAAGUUUUAAUAGAAGUUAAAGCUACUGCUAUUAAUCCAAUUGAUACGAAGCUGCGAGCUCCAAAACCUCAAAUAGAGAAAGAACCACGAAUAUUGGGAUUUGACGGGGCAGGCAUUAUAAGUGCAGUUGGUGAAGCAGUUAAAAAGUUUAAAGUGGACGAUCAAGUGUUCUUUACCGCUGAUUUAAGACAAAAAUGGCACAAAUGCUCAAUAUGUUGCUUUGGAUGA